UGCAUAUGUCUAUUCAGUGACAUUUUUAAUUAAAGUAAAGGCCUCUGUAUGAAAAGGAAUGGCUUUUUUACUCUUUUCUUCACGAUGAAUCCCGUGAUAUGCAGUUGUUAUGUCAUCAUGGGGAACAGUCAGUCACUGACACUGGAGGUUACAACCGCAGAUAGCAACAAUCACAAAUAGUUCAUAUCGUUCUGAGCGCCGCGGUCGGGACUUCGGGGAAACCCGAGCCAUGCAAGGAAAAUGAAAGUGAAAGAAAACAUCAGCACAAGACAGGGCUUCUCACGCAGACGACUGGAGCUGCAACAUGACGGGCAAUGCAGCAACAGUGAGCCGCAAAGUCGCAGCUCUGCUCUUGGCCGUUUGCGUCGACCUCUCCUUGUUUUACGCAGCGGGUCUCGUGGCGACCCGCAGCGAGUUUGGACACUUGACGCGCCUCUGGGCCCACGCGGCUCUGCGGGGUUCUGCGCUGACUGCCGUCACUCUGCUCAUCCUCGGAGACCUCGACCCGUUGCUGACUCGCGUUAUAGCGGCGCACAGUCUGCUGCCCGCGGUGUUUGAGACCGGGACCGAUGCGCUCUACCACGAGGACACCGAGCGUGGCUCGUCGGUGGAUGUGCGCAGCUGGCUCAUGUGCGCCGGAGCGUCGCUGGCCGCGGCGCUGUUCUGGGAGAUCACUGUUCCGGAUGCCGACGAUGCGGCCGCGGGUAAAGAGAAGAAGCAGAAGGCCAGGGUGCUGUUCGUGAGAGUCCUGCGCUUGUACAGACCCGAAUACCUGCUGCUGCUUGGGGGCCUUGUGAUGCUGACGCUGGCUGUUUUCUGUGAGAUGUUCAUCCCGUUCUACACUGGGAGAGUCAUCGACAUCCUUGGCACUCGGUAUCAGCCGAAUGAAUUUGUAUCUGCGCUCCUCCUCAUGGGCCUGUACUCUCUGGGAAGUUCUGUGAGUGCAGGCUGCAGAGGGGGUAUCUUACUUUGUGCCAUCAGUUCCUUCACAUGCAGAAUGAAAGUCAAGCUGUUUGGGGCUUUGACCAAACAGGAAAUUGGAUUCUUUGAGACCACAAAGACAGGUGAGAUCACAUCCAGGUUGUCGAAAGACACCACCUUGAUGGGAAGAGCGGUCUGUCUGAAUGUCAAUGUGCUGCUGAGGACGUUCAUCAAGACACUGGGUAUGAUCGCCCUGAUGAUGAGUCUUUCAUGGAAGCUCACAUUCUUAAUGUUGAUGGAGACGCCCGUCGCUGGCCUGAUACAGAACGUCUAUGACACACGCUACCAGCGGCUGUCCCUGGCCGUGCAGGACUCAACGGCUCAGGCGGCUGAAGUCGUGAACGAGGUAGUGUCCAGUAUUCAUGCGGUACGGAGCUUCAACACAGAAAAACAUGAGGCCCGUCGCUAUGACGACUGCUUGAUGGACACACACAACCUCAAGACCCAACAGAGCACUCUCAGGGCGGUUUACCUUCUCGCACGGAGGUUGACAGGGUUGGCCAUGCAGGGCAUCAUGUUGUACUACGGCAGGCUGUUCAUCCAGAGUGGACAGAUGACCACUGGCAACCUGGUUUCCUUCAUCCUCUACCAGUCAGAUCUCGGAGAGAACAUCAGGACACUCACCUACAUCUUUGGCGACAUGCUGAACUCGGUGGGGGCUGCUGCGAAAGUGUUUGAGUACCUGGACCGAAAACCUGAGGUCUGCAUGGAGGGGACACUCAAACCUGAUCAGCUGACAGGGAAUGUGCUCUUCCACAAGGUCAACUUCGCCUAUCCUAAACAUCCCAACAAAGCAGUGCUGCAGGACUUUUCUUUGGAGCUGAAGUCAGGUCAGAUGACGGCACUAGUGGGUCAAUCUGGAAACGGAAAAAGCACGUGCGUGAGUCUGCUGGAGCGCUUAUAUGAACAGCAGGAGGGAGAAAUCCUCCUGGACAAUGAACCACUGAAAUCCUAUGACCACCGUUUCCUCCACAAGAAGAUUGCUGUGGUGAGCCAGGAGCCUGUGCUCUUCUCUGGCUCCAUCAGAGACAACAUUGCCUACGGGCUUGCUGAAUGCUCAUUGGAUGAGAUCCAGGAAGCAGCACGCAAAGCCAACGCCCAUGACUUCAUCAUGAAGCUGGAGAAGGGCUACAAUGCAGAGGUAGGUGAGGGUGGCGGCCAUCUAACCAAGAGUGGGAAGCAGCAGAUCGCCCUCGCUCGAGCUCUGGUCAGGCAGCCACAGGUCCUCAUUCUGGAUGAAAUAACCAGCUCUCUGGACAUGGACAGUGAGAAAAAGAUUCUGCAGACCCUGGCGAGGUGUCCCAACCAGACCCGGCUGGUGAUCGCUCACAAGCUGGAGAACAUUGUGAUGGCAGAUCAGAUUGUCUUGAUGGAGGACAGCAGAGUCCAGGAACAAGGGACUCACCAGGAACUGAUGGACAUGCAGGGGAGCUACUACAAGCUGUGGAACGACGCACAUAGAACAACUGAAGACAAUGGCCACACACAUAUACUGAACAUAUAGACAAAACAUACCUGAUCAAAUGUUUUGUAAAUAUUGUUUUAUAAGUAUUACAAUUAAAGCCAGACAUAGGUUUUUCAGAAAAGUUCAACGUAUCCACGAGAGAGAGCUUCACAACGCUAAAUGAAGAUAAGACUGAGAUCCUCCUAGUUAGCCCCAAAAAUAAGAUAAACUGGGACAUCUGGCCUGCAGACACAAGUCAUAAACCCCGGAGUCAUUUCAGAUGUGGACUUCAAUUGUAUAGAUUGCCUCGUUCAGGCUUUUGUUUCUAGUCGUCUUGACUUCUGUAAGACUUUUCAUUCAUUGCAAAGCAACGGACCAUCCACGAACAUGCUUAAAUUAAAUGAUUCCUGUAUUAA